AGCACGAAGUAAACAACGUAACAAUAUGGCUGUGGUCGAUGAAAACGUGGCUGGGCGCCGGUAUUCCAAGUUUGUGGAAAUCGGCCUGAGUGAACAGAAAGCAAAAGAAACACUAAAAAAUGAAGUGUUGUCCCAAUCACUCUUCGAAGCCAUCCUGGAGGCUGAGAGGCACCUCGUUGGGCCGAUGUCUAAAUCAAAGGGAACUCUCCUGUACAAUGCCGUCACGAAGAUCAAAAGCCAAAUCAGCGGCCAUCUACCACUCCUCGUACGGUACAUCGCAGAGGGAAAGCUCGACUCGGAGCUAAAAUUAAGCGCCGCCCUGGAGUUCCUUUUGGCUCACCCAGAGCCUCCGCUUGACGUGGCUGCCUUUGAUGAAUUCUCUGGCGUCGGGGUGCAAGUAACACCGGACCAGAUAGAGAAGGCGGUUGAAGAGACGUUGGGAGAUCAUCGAGAGGCACUUCUGAAGAAGAGGUACCAAUUCAACAUGGGCAUUUUGCUAGCGGAAGCCCGGAAAAAGCUCAGAUUUGCUGAGGGAAAGUUCAUAAAGAAUGAGGUGGACCUUCAGGUAUUACAUUUACUGGGCCCUAAGACAGAAGCAGACCUGGCUGCAAAGACAGUUAAGCAGCGCAAGUUGGAUAACUCUGUGGUACUUUCUGUGGAUGCUCACCCUGAAGAACAGGAAGAAUGUUCGGGUGCUUCAACCAUGGAAGAGCUGUUCCGUAACAAGAUUCAUCUGCACAAGCCUGGGGAAAACCAUAAAACAGACGGUUAUGUCAUCACCCCCAAAACAAUGGCACACCUCAGGAAUCACCUGAAAAUCACAGGCGGCAAGGUGCGGACAAGGUUCCCACCAGAACCCAAUGGGAUCCUGCACAUUGGGCAUGCUAAAGCAAUCAACGUUAACUUUGGAUAUGCUCGAGUAUUUGAUGGACUGUGCUUUCUGCGUUACGAUGAUACGAACCCUGAAAAGGAAGAAGAACGCUUCUUUUCUGGAAUCCAGGAUAUGGUGCAGUGGUUGGGCUACGAGCCCUCACGUGUAACACAUGCUUCAGACUAUUUCAAGGACUUGUAUUCGCUAGCCGUCAAACUGAUCCAGCGGGGACUAGCUUAUGUCUGUCAUCAGAGCGCAGAGGAGAUGAAGGGCAUGGAUCCUGCACCAUCUCCUUAUCGCACACGUUCGGUCCAGGAGAAUCUUCGUCUGUUUGAGGACAUGCGCAAAGGCAAAUACGCGGAAGGAGAGGCAACGCUACGGAUGCGAGUGACGCUGGAAGAGGGAAAACAGGACCCUGUUGCCUACCGCAUCCGUUACGUGCCACACAUCCGCACUAAGGACACAUGGUGUAUCUACCCGACAUACGACUUCACCCACUGUCUGUGCGACUCCCUCGAGCACAUCACUCACUCGCUCUGUACCAAGGAGUUCCAGUCACGACGCUCUUCGUACUACUGGCUAUGCAAUGCAGUAGAUGUCUACUGCCCUGUCCAGUGGGAGUACAGCAGGCUCAACCUAAACUACACUGUGGUCUCCAAGCGAAAGAUUGCCAAACUAAUAGAGGAAGGCAUCGUUCGUGAUUGGGAUGACCCACGUCUGUACACGCUGUCUGCACUGCGACGACGUGGAGUUCCUCCAGAGGCUGUCAACACAUUUUGUGCUAAGCUGGGCUUGACAGGCUCCCAGUCAUCUGUGGACCCCAGCAUGCUAGAUGCCUGUGUGCGGGAUGUGCUCAAUUGCACUGCCCCCAGGGCUAUGUGUGUGGUAGAGCCUCUUAAAGUAGUGAUUACGAAUGCCCCAUCAGGACAGAGCAAGGUGACCGUGCCAGAUUAUCCGUCCGAACCUGAGCGUGGGUCUCAUACCAUGACUCUCUCCGAGGUCAUCUACAUUGAACAGUCAGAUUUCAGAGAGAUGCCAAAUGACAAGGGCUACCGGCGGCUGACCCCGAAACAGUCCGUAGGACUGCGACACGCAGGGCUUGUCAUCAGUCUCUUGCAAGUGAUCAAGGAUGAGCUGGGAGAGCCUAAAGAGCUACGUGUGACAUGUCAGCCUGCGACUGAUAAGAAUAAACCACGUGCAUUCAUUCACUGGGUGUCGGAUCCACUCAUCUGCGAAGUGAGACUCUAUGACCAGCUGUUCUUCCACGAAAAUCCCGAAGACCCUAAUGAAGUUAGCGGAGGGUUCCUUUCGGAUUGUAACAAGGAUGCCAUGGUGUGUUGUCCAAAUGCUAUGGUAGACAAGUCAAUGGCUGGCAUUAAUGUGUUAGACAAGUUCCAGUUUGAGCGCUUGGGUUACUUUUGCGUCGACCAAGACACUUCUCCUCAAAAGAUUGUCUUCAAUCGCACCGUUACACUAAAGAAAGAUGCCAGUAAAAACUGAAGAAAGCUUCCAGUUGUGCCUGUGUCAGUGACACUCAUACUGAGUGGUUGACGAAAUGGUUAAGUAAAAGCUAAUUACGUA